AGUAGACCGAGCACGGCCCUCGACGUCACAAACGCUUUUGUUUCUUGUUUUGUUUUUGAUACUACGUUAUCAUCAGUGGCUCCUGUGCGUGUUACGGCCGUUUGUCUUACUGCACCGCGGUGUUACCUCAGUCUGUGGCGCCACCGUGAAGUGUUUUCUGCGACAGGAUGGAAAUGUUUUCAAGUCAGAGUUUGAGGAAUUUCAUCAACGAGCGACUGUGCGCCGUCGCGGAUGAAAUAUUCGGCGUGUUUGAACAAACUCUGGUCGUUUUCGAGGAGGAGAUCCUUCGUCAGCGCAGAGUGAUCGAUAUGGUGUACAGACCCGACACAAACACAACAGAGUUCCCACAACCACAUCCCUGUACGCGGGAUGGUUUUUUGGAGAAAUAUCAACAGAGUAACCAGGAGAGAAGCUUCAGCCCGGGCCAAGAAGACAGGGAGCCUCCUCAGAUUAAAGAGGAAGAGCAGGAGCUGAUCACCAGCCAGGAGGAUGAGCCGCUGAUACUGAAGAAGGAGGAUCACGCAGCCAACGUGACUCCUCUUUCCUCUGAGGAAAGUGGCAGCAGCGAAGAUCGGACUUUGCGUUUAGAUUCUAAUCAAACUAUGAUAGCAGAAGAGAAACUGUCUCAGCCGCCAGCUGAAGCCUUGCCCGAAUGGAUGCAGAGUGACUCUGAUCGAGAGGCCGCCAUGGCAUCCGAACCGAGAGUGGACCACAGCCCGUAUGUUCGAAGCUGCAAGAAAGUGCACGCUAGAGUUCAGAUGGCAGAGAAGUCUUACAGCUGUGUGUACUGCAAAAAGGACUUCAGGUGCAGCUCCUCUUUGAAAAGACAUCUGCGAGUGCACACAGGGGAGAAGCCUUACGAGUGCUUCAUGUGUGGUAAACGUUUCAACGUCAGCACGACUCUGAAAGUGCAUUACAGGAUCCACACGGGGGAAAAGCCUUACAAAUGCAAACACUGUGACAAAGCUUUCACCACCUGCUCAAACCUGAAGAAGCAUGUGGCUCUCCAUACUGGAACGAAAUAGACCGAGCAGCAUUUAAAAGACAAAAACUUAAUUAAAGCCACAAUAUGGGUUAUUUAGAGAAUGUGGUGGUUUUUUUUUUUUCUUCUGUAGUAGGACAUAAAAUUAUGGACAGCACUUAAUAAAUUUAAAUAAAAGGCACACAUUUUAAAAUUUG